AUGCUUCUCAACCUCGCGGCAAACCUGCUGGAGCACUCGCAAGCCAUGGCGGCCAUGACUCGUGACACUCUGGGCGGCCCUAUCAAUGUGACUGGGGCAAUGGAGCCUGGGUUCGCGGUAGAGGCUCUCCGCUAUUUUUCCGGCUGGACUGACAAGCUAUCUGGUGAGACAUUCCCAGAGGAGGACGUAUUCUUCAAGCUUGUGCGGCAAGAACCCCUCGGGGUGGUAUCAGGCAUCAUCCCGUGGAACGCGCCGAUUGGGAGUGCAUGUGCCAAGGCAGCGCCAGCGCUGUCAACUGGCAACUGCUUCAUCCUUCAGCUGUCCGAGAAGACACCCUUUGCUGAUCUUGCAAUGGGGAGUCUGGCCAAGGCGGUCGGGUUCCCGCCUGGCGUAUUGCAGGUCCUCUCGGGCGAUGGUAGCACCGGAGCCAUUAUUGCGAACCACACGGGUCUCCGGAAGGUCUCGUUCACUGGCUCAACUGCAACAGGCAAGGAGAUACAGUCUCUGGUGGAGGAAAAGACCAAGCUCGUCGGUGAUCCUGAUGACCCUAAUUCCUUUGUUGGUCCUGUUGUCGAUGAGUCCCAGUUCAACCGCGCAAUGGGCUUCAUAAAGCGUGGCAAUAGUCAAGGAACAGUCCUGGUCGGCGGGAACAGGGUACAUGAUAAGGGAUGCUAUGUUGCUUCCACCGUCUUCACUGAUGUGGCCGAGGAUGCUGAGAUCAUUCGCCAAGAGAUUUUGGUCCAGUGGCUGUAA